AGUACCGACCUCAUCAUGAGCUCCGAUGUAUCCGCACCUGCAUUCUAUCCACACAUGCCUUGGAAACUUCGUACUUAAAGGCGUCUCGAUGACGCCAUUGACAUUGAUCAGUCUUGCCUCCUUGCCUUCCCGUGAGCGCUUCUUAGAGGAGGGUGUCGGAGGAGGAGGCGGAUGGAGGAUAAAGGAGGAGGAGGUGGCGGCGGAGCAGUGGUGGUUGUCGGGCGAGCGGAGAUCGACACGAGGCCGCCGUUCAAGUCGGUGAAAGAGGCUGUCGCGCUGUUCGGGGAACGGGUCCUCGCGGGGGAGAUCAUUGCCAAUAGGCUCAAAGAGAUGCGUGCCGGAGCUAGUGAAACCGCCCGGGCGGCACACUCCCAAAUUGCAGCCCUAACGACCGAGCUCGAGGAAACUAAGCAAAACCUCGUAAAGGCCCAAGAAGACAACAACCGGUUGGCCAACUCCCUCAAAACCCUCAAAGACGAGCUCGAGAAUGCCAGGAGAGAGGUGAAGCGAUUGAAGGCCGCGGCGUCUCCGAAACACUCUCUCGAUCCCGAGAUCGAGGACGUCAAGUUCAUCGAGAACGUCACCAGAGUUGGCAGGGCCAAGAAGAAGUUAUCCCUGACCAGCGAAGAGGAAGAAGAAGACGACAGCGCCGGCGAUGAAGACGACGACGACGACGAGAGGGAGUUUGAGUUCCACAGGAAGACGACAAGGUACGUGAAGUUCGCGAGCCCGCCGUCGCUGACCCGAGUGAUCACGAGUAGUGAAGAGCGUGAGACUGGGCCGGAGAGGCCACUGUCCGCGAACAAGACGAAAAGCAAGAAGGCUCUCGUCUCCGUCGUGGGGUGGCUGCUGGCAAGGAAGAAGAGCGGACCUGAUCACCACAGAGAGGAUUACUAGUUCGUCCAUGUUUCCUCUGCAGAAGGAGCAAGAUUCUUGAGCAUGAGAAAUUUACCGCAGGAAGCAUCUUUAAUUUUAGUUCCGAUUAGCUGAAUUUUUCCCAGAGGCUGUGAUGUACUUAGGUAUUGAUGGUACAGUAUUGUACCAUAUUCUAUCCAUGUCUACAUCCGUGGCUCUCAAAUAAAUUGCGUUCGUGUCGAUCAAACGCGUCACGUGCUUUUAAAUGUUUGGUGCUGCUAAUGAAAUCGAACUUUCUGGUGGGGAAGAUUUAUGUGGAUGAA